AAAGGGCACCAAUCACAACCAACGGAAUCAAUCUUCUCGUGUUGAGAGAAGGAGAAAAGGACAGCCUAAGAAGCUAGCCGAACGAAAAAUGGGUUCAAGCACCAUCUCCCUUUCCUUACCAACAUUUUCUUCUUCUUCAACUAAUUCCUUCACUCAAACCAAGCCUUCUAUUUGCAGCCAUCAUCAACUUACUAGAAAGAGCUUACCGUCUUCAUUCUUUACUUCAACAACAUUCCUUUACAACAAAACGUCGGCAAGAACGAAACAAGUCUGCACCUCCUUCAAAAUCAAAUGCUCGGCUGCUUCCUCUUCUUCCUCUUCUACUCUUCCAGCAGCUCUUCUUUUUGACUGUGAUGGUGUCCUUGUCGAUACUGAGAAGGAUGGCCACAGGAUUUCCUUCAAUGACACUUUCAAAGAAAAAGAAUUGGGUGUUACAUGGGAUGUGGAUUUAUAUGGGGAAUUGCUCAAAAUUGGAGGUGGAAAAGAAAGGAUGACAGCUUACUUUAACAAGACAGGCUGGCCAGAUAAAGCUCCAAAGAGUGAAGAAGCAAGAAAGGAAUUCAUUGCUUCACUUCACAAGCGAAAGACUGAGUUGUUCAUGGCCCUCAUUGAAAAUAGAUUGCUACCUCUUCGUCCCGGUGUUGCAAAGUUGGUUGAUCAAGCCUUGGAGAAAGGAGUGAAAGUUGCUGUCUGCAGCACAUCCAAUGAGAAGGCGGUCUCUGCAGUAGUUUCAUGUUUGCUGGGACCAGAGCGAGCAGAAAAGAUCAAGAUAUUUGCUGGAGAUGUGGUUCCUCGUAAAAAACCUGAUCCAGCCAUCUACACAUUAGCAGCAAACACUCUAGGUGUUGAUCCUUCAAGUUGUGUUGUGGUAGAAGACAGUGCCAUAGGACUAGCAGCUGCCAAAGCUGCAGGAAUGACAUGCAUAGUCACAAAGAGCAGUUACACAGCCGAUGAAGACUUCUUAAAUGCUGAUGCAGUCUUUGACUGCAUUGGAGAUCCACCAGAAGAGCGGUUCGACUUGGCGUUCUGUGGAAGCCUUCUUGAGAAGCAGUAUGUUGGUUAAAGUCAUUUUGUUUCUUAAUUGAUUGUUGAGAUCCAGACUUAGAUGCCUACACUUUUAAGGCCAAUUAUUUUCAAUGAUGAUUUAUGAAUAAUUUCUGUAUCGGCUGCUGUUACAGCCUGUAAUGGCAUGUACCGACUUUACCUUACAAGGGACUGCAUUUCUGAAAUAUGUCUUUCGUGAUAGUAUACAUGUUGACUGA